UCUACAGUUUCUCUUCUCUUCUUCCGUGCUCUCCGCCUGAAACUGAAACACUCGAACUCUUCUGUGUUUUUCCGGUACUCAUUUUACACCUUCGGAUCUAUUUUACAUAACACAACAAAAAACCUAAAAUAAAAUAUUCAAUUCAGUGUUUCAGAAUUUGAAGUUCCGUUUAACUCUUUUUUAUCAGAUCGAACGGUAGCUGUUGAAGAAUGGCAUCAGCAGCGGCUGGGAAUUCGGCUUGGUAUAAGGCUAAGGUGAAGGCGGUUACUUCAGGGGAUUGCGUUGUUGUUGUUUCUGUUGCAGCCCAUACCAAGCCUGGUGUUCUUCCUGAAAAAUCCAUCACUUUAUCGUCUCUGAUUGCUCCUAGAUUGGCACGUAGAGGUGGUGUGGAUGAGCCAUUUGCGUGGGAAAGCAGAGAGUUUCUGAGGAAGCUCUUGAUAGGGAAGGAAAUUACUUUCAGAAUUGAUUACACCGUGCCAUCCAUCAAUCGUGAGUUUGGAACGGUUUUUCUCGGCGACAAAAAUGUUGCAAUGCUGGUUGUAUCUCAAGGAUGGGCAAAGGUUAGAGAGCAGGGGCAGCAGAAAGGAGAAGUGAGUCCAUUCCUGGCAGAAUUGUUACGGUUAGAAGAGCAAGCUAAACAAGAAGGUCUUGGUCGUUGGAGCAAGGUUCCGGGUGCUGCUGAGGCAUCAGUCAGAAAUCUACCUCCUUCUGCCCUUGGUGACCCUGGUAACUUCGAUGCUAUGGGUUUAUUAGCUAAAAAUAAAGGAGUUCCCAUGGAGGCAAUUGUGGAGCAGGUUCGUGAUGGCAGUACUCUCCGAAUCUAUUUGCUCCCCGAGUUUCAGUUUCUCCAAGUUUUCGUUGCUGGAAUUCAGGCCCCACAAAUGGGAAGGAGAGCUGCACCCGAAACUGUUGUUGAACCAGAGGUAACAGCUGAUAACACUAAUGGAGAUGUUCCUGCGGAACCUCGAGCUCCACUUACAUCUGCCCAAAGACUUGCCGUUUCAGCAUCCGCUGAAACUUCAGCUGAUCCUUUUGGACCAGAUGCUAAAUAUUUCACUGAGAUGCGUGUAUUGAAUCGAGAUGUUCGGAUUGUCCUUGAAGGUGUGGAUAAGUUCAGCAAUUUGAUUGGGUCAGUGUAUUAUCCUGAUGGUGAAUCAGCGAAGGACCUGGCAUUGGAGCUUGUGGAAAAUGGUUUUGCUAAAUAUGUUGAAUGGAGUGCAAAUAUGAUGGAAGAAGACGCAAAGCGGAAGCUGAAGGCUGCAGAGCUCCAGGCUAAGAAAACUAGAUUAAGAAUUUGGACAAACUAUGUACCACCGGCUUCAAAUUCAAAGGCAAUUCAUGACCAGAAUUUUACUGGAAAGGUGGUUGAGGUUGUGAGUGGAGAUUGCGUCAUUGUUGCUGAUGAUUCUAUUCCAUAUGGAAGCCCACAAGCCGAGAGGCGAGUUAACCUUUCAAGUAUUAGGUGUCCAAAAAUGGGCAAUCCUCGUCGAGAUGAAAAACCAGCUCCCUAUGCCCGUGAAGCAAAGGAGUUCUUGAGAACACGCCUCAUUGGUCGUCAAGUGAAUGUACAAAUGGAGUAUUCUAGAAAGGUUGCUCCUGCGGAUGGAUCUGCAGUUCCAUCAGCAGCUGCUGAUUCCAGAGUAAUGGAUUUUGGAUCAGUCUUCCUAUUGUCCUCUGGGAAAGCUGACGGUGAUGAUGCCCCUUCACCUGCUGCUCCUGCAAGUCAGCAAACUGGGUUGAAUGUCGCUGAAUUGCUAGUUGGCCGUGGCUUUGGAACUGUCAUUAGACAUCGUGAUUUCGAAGAGAGGUCUAACUUCUAUGAUGCUCUUCUUGCUGCUGAAUCACGUGCCAUUUCUGGAAAGAAAGGGAUCCAUUCUGCCAAGGAUCCUCCAGUGAUGCAUAUAACUGACUUGACCACGGCAUCGGCCAAGAAAGCAAGAGACUUCUUGCCUUUCCUGCAUCGUAGUAGAAGAGUUCCUGCUGUAGUGGAAUAUGUCCUCAGUGGUCACCGUUUCAAAUUGUUGAUUCCUAAAGAAACUUGCAGCAUUGCUUUUGCAUUCUCUGGUGUCAGAUGUCCUGGUCGUGAUGAGCCAUAUUCUGAUGAAGCAAUUGCACUGAUGAGGCGAAGGAUAAUGCAGAGAGAUGUUGAGAUUGAGGUAGAAACUGUUGAUAGAACUGGAACAUUUUUGGGAUCCUUAUGGGAGUCGAGAACCAAUGGGGCAGUUGCACUACUCGAAGCUGGUCUCGCAAAACUUCAAACCUCAUUUGGCAGUGACAGGAUUCCUGAUUUGCACGUUUUAGAGCAAGCCGAACAAUCUGCUAAGAGUAAAAAGCUGAAAAUCUGGGAGAAUUUUGUUGAAGGGGAGGUAGUACCCAGUGGUGCAAAUGUUGAAACUAAACAGCAAGAAGUACUUAAGGUAAUUGUUACUGAAGUCUUGGGAGGUGGUAAAUUUUAUGUCCAGACUGUUGGAGAUCAAAAGAUAGCAUCCAUUCAGACACAGCUUGCUUCUUUGAACCUGAAGGAAAGUCCUCUGAUUGGCGCUUUUAAUCCUAAGAAGGGCGACAUAGUCCUGUGUUAUUUCCACGCUGAUAAGUCUUGGUAUCGUGCAAUGGUUGUCAAUGUGCCUCGAGGACCAGUUCAAUCUCCUAAGGACGUGUUUGAAGUAUUCUACAUUGAUUAUGGAAAUCAAGAAGAAGUACAAUACAGUCAAUUGCGGCCUCUUGAUCCAUCUGUGUCUGCUGCACCUGGUCUUGCCCAAUUGUGUAGCCUUGCAUACAUUAAGAUACCAAACUUGGAAGAAGAUUUUGGUCAAGAAGCAGCUGAAUACUUGAGCGAACUCACUUUAAGCAGUGGAAAAGAAUUUAGAGCAAUGGUUGAGGAGAGAGAUACUACAGGAGGAAAAGUGAAAGGACAGGGAACUGGAACAAUUACUGCUGUAACUCUUGUUGCUGUGGAUGCUGAGAUCAGCGUCAAUGCUGCCAUGCUUCAGGAAGGACUUGCUAGAAUGGAAAAAAGAAACAGGUGGGACAGAUCAGCAAGAAAGCAGGCCCUUGAUAGCUUGGAAGCGUUCCAAGGAGAGGCUAGGACAAGCAGGCGUGGAAUGUGGCAGUAUGGAGAUAUUCAGUCAGAUGAAGAGGAUUCUGGUCCUCCUCAGAGAAAAGCCGCUGGCCGCAGAUAAGUGUAAUGCGAUUAAUAAAUUAUAUAAUAUAUAGACAUCUUGAGAGAAAAUGAUUCAAGUUAUAGACAUGAGUUAGAGAGAAAAAGAAGAAAAUGCCGUGCGUAUUUCCUUUGUAAGUUUUGUUUUGUUUUAUCUUAUUUUAUAACUUUUGUUGUUAGAUUUGGUGGAACAAUUUUUUCCUAUAGAUGUCUUAAUAAGGUACAUGCGGCAGGGUUCUUUUUUUACAAGGAUGGCAGAGAUGUUUUGGUCAUUUAGGAUAUUGUCUUUCCUUUUUCGCUCUAUUAGUGUUGUUAUUUGGUUUCGGCUUU